CCUGUUUUGAUUUAAUUUAGUCUGUGCGGAAGCAAAACUGAUCUACACGGCUGUGCGCACAGGAAAAGCGACAGGAGCUCGGCUUGGACUCGACACACUCGACUGGCUCGGGUGAAGACGUAUCAUUCGGUCAGUCAGAGAGAGUCUCGCCUUAUUCUGUCGUCAUUCCGGAACCCUGCCGUCUUGUAUAUAUACUUAUCCCGUACCUCGUUGUGUUGCCUCUCCUCGAAAAGAGUGUGCACCUGCAAGUAUGGCGACCAGCGUGCUGUUUCUGGCCAACAGCGAACAUGGCCAAACAAAUCUUAUUCUGGCUAUUAUUCAUGAACUUCUCGUGCGUGGAGAUGUAAAUGUCCACCUUGGGUCAUUCCCCGUGCUAGAGAAGCGCCUCGAAAAAUUGCUGGCGGACAAUGCCAAAAGCUACGACGCGAAUUACAGGUCGCGCAUUCAUUUCCACCCUGUCAGUGGUCCCUCGAACACGGAAAUCUUUAUUCGGACCGGUAAGCGAGGUGCAUUUCACCCUCCCGGCUAUACAGGGUCCAUUUUAGGGUUCAAGUCGCUCUGCGAGGACAUAUGGAGCUGGGAGGAAUCCGAGUACGUGGACAUCUAUCAGAGCUGCGUCGACAUUAUUCAAACCACGAAACCGUCGCUUGUCGCCAUAGACUUUUUCUUCCUGCAGGGUCGAGAUGCUGCAUAUAACACGGGACAUACCUAUGUGCUUUUGAACACCACCUCACUUAGUCACAUCGUCCUAGGGUUGCAGCGCAAUGGUGCAUGGGCAUGGAAAUAUCCAUUGCCUGGGACUGGCUUUCCGUACCCACUCCCGCCGCACCUGAUUCCCUUGAACACAAUGGCGGUCAUUAAGACUGCCAGGAUGUACCAUGGGAGCGGCAGACGUCGCGAAAUCCGAGAUUGGCGGAUCAAGCACAAGAUACACGGGAGAUUCCCGUUUGCUGACGCCUGGAUGCCUAAUCGGCUGCACCUAUCACCAGCUCUAAAAGAACUAGACUGGCCCUUUGAAAUCCCUACCAAUGUGGUCCCGUGCGGCCCCAUUUUAUUGCCUGUGGCCCCUGUCAAAACACAGGAUCCGGAGAUGUUUCAAUGGCUACAACAGGCUCCUACUAUCCUCGUCAAUCUAGGAACCCUAUACGCACCCGAACCCAUGGUCGUGCGGCAGAUGGCGCUAGGCAUCAAGAUGUUUCUCGAGUCUUUCCCGGACCGCAAGAUCCAGGUCCUAUGGAAGCUUCCCAAGCACCCAUGUGAUGAGGGUGAGAUUUACAACCAGUCCGUUGUCCCGCUUCAGAAUGAAUUAGACCAUGGCCGGGUUCAGAUCCGCUCCUGGUUUGAGGUAGAACCCCUGGCGAUGCUAGAAACCGGGCAAAUUGUUUGUUCUGUCCACCAUGGGGGCGCUAACUCCUGGUAUGAGGCAAUUCAAAACGGCGUACCUCACGUUGUCCUCCCCGCCUGGCAGGACUGUUACGAGAAUGCUGCUCGUGCCGAAUGGCUGGGCAUUGGAGUCUACGGGAACAAGACCCGGGCACCGAACAUCGACGCUAAGGAGCUCAGCAAGGCCCUUCGAAAGGUCGUUGGAAAUGAUUCUUAUCAUCAAAAGGCGACUGAGCUGGCCAAGCUCUGCCAGAUAAAGGAAGGCAGGUGUCUCGCUGCAGAGCGAAUUGUUGAUCUUGCCGUCCGCCCAGACAAAUCAAUGAUUGAGGUCCCAGCAGCGAAGGACGAUCCCAGCCUGCGUAGAGUACAGAAUUCCUCUGGGGAGACACUGGACACCUUUGACACUGCGAGUGAUACGCAGAUGCACGCAAAAUCACUUUUACGCAGAAUGGCUGAAACGCUCGCCGUCACAUUUGUCUCGAAUUCGUGGGUUCUCUUGCCCGCGGCAGGAUACGCAUUGCUUCUCAUCCCCCAUGUGAGGAUUCUAGCUCUUGCGUACAUCAUCUACAUCAAGUUCGUCUCGAAUGCGCACAAAACCCGCAAUCGCUCCCGGAGUCACCGAUUCCGUUCAUCCUGGCUUUGGAGGCUCCAUGCAACCUAUUUUCCGAUCAAGUUAUAUCGGUCAGCUCCAUUGUCACCGCGCCGAAAAUAUAUUUUUGCUGGCCAUCCUCAUGGUGUAGCCAUGCACGGCUUAACCGGGGCUUUCUCAGCCGAUGGAACCGGAUUCGCCAGGCUCUUUCCCGGCAUCAAGAAUACAAUGCUGGUCAAGGAUCAAAUGUUCACGACCCCGCUGCUGCGAGAAUACCUCUUCGCUCUCGGGCAGAGUGGCGUUUCCCGUGAUUCUUGUAUCCAGCACCUCACCCGCGGCGGCUACGAUCUUCGCGGGAUGGGAAACGCCAUUACCAUUAGUGUGGGAGGAAGUAGGGAAUACCGGAUCGCCCGUCCGGGCACGAUGGGAAUCGUCGUCAAAAUCCGCCGAGGGGUUGUCCGGCUCGCUAUCGAGACCGGCGCUGAUCUCGUCCCUGUCCUAGUCUUUGGAGAGAAUGAACUUUUUCACCGGAUCGAGACCGCGGGAUUCUCGUUGAAAGCCCUCGUUGCCUGGGUUUGGGAAAAGGCCGUCGGACAUAAGGUGGCCUUUUCGCUCGGGCGGUUCAAUCUCUUUUGCCCUUACCGCGUGCCGGUCCAUGUUGUUGCUGGCCGCCCAGUUACCGUUAGGCAACAGCGGUUCGAUAUUGAAGACUCCUAUAUUGAUGAGAUUCAGGCCCAGUACAUCGACGAACUCAAGACGAUAUGGGCCAACUGGAAGGACACAUUUGUCGACGAUGCGUCCGUGAAGUUUGAGAUUAUUGAAUAA